AGGCUUCUUGGUAACUGGUCAAAGCUCUGAGAGCAAUCGCCGCCGCUUUCCGGGAACUUGAGAAGCAGUCUGGGCCACCUGUGAAAUAGUGUCUGUAUAGACAGACUAGAAGGCUCCAGUUGGCUUAAGUGUGGGUCUCCUGCUGGCUCUACUCCACCCACAUUGAGUGGGUUUUCUAUAGUGGCUGCAAUCAAGUGGUAUUUAAGAUCUCUCUGGAACUGGAGACAUGAGGCUAAAGAUAUCUCUCUUAAAAGAACCAAAGCAUCAAGAGUUAGUGAGCUGUGUGGGUUGGACGACCGCUGAGGAGCUGUACUCGUGCAGUGAUGAUCACCAGAUAGUGAAGUGGAACCUGCUGACCAGUGAGACCAGCCUGAUCGUAAAGCUGCCUGACGACAUCUACCCAAUAGAUCUCCACUGGUUUCCCAAAGGCUUAGGCAUGAAGAAACAGACUCAGGCAGAAAGUUUUGUCCUCACGAGUUCUGAUGGUAAGUUUCAUCUGAUUUCCAAGUUAGGAAGAGUGGAGAAGAGUGUGGAAGCUCACUGCGGGGCCGUGCUUGCAGGAAGGUGGAAUUACGAGGGGACUGCGCUGGUGACAGUUGGAGAAGAUGGACAAGUGAAAAUCUGGUCAAAGACGGGGAUGCUUAGGUCAACAUUAGCUCAGCAAGGAAUACCAGUAUAUUCAGUAGCAUGGGGCCCUGAUUCCGAAAAGGUUCUUUAUACAGCAGGCAAGCAGCUCAUCAUUAAACCUCUUCAGCCAAAUGCUAAAGUUUUACAGUGGAAAGCCCACGAAGGCAUUAUUUUAAAAGUCGAUUGGAAUUCAGUCAAUGACCUCAUUUUAUCUGCUGGUGAAGACUGUAAGUAUAAGGUUUGGGAUAGUUAUGGCCGUGUGCUGUACAGUUCUCAGCCUCACGAGCACCCCAUCACCUCAGUUGCCUGGGCUCCGGAUGGAGAGUUGUUUGCUGUUGGAUCCUUUCAUACUUUGCGCUUGUGUGAUAAAACUGGGUGGUCGUAUGCUUUAGAAAAACCCAACACGGGCAGCAUAUUUAAUAUCGCGUGGUCUAUCGACGGCACUCAGAUCGCUGGAGCCUGUGGAAACGGGCAUGUUGUCUUUGCGCACGUGGUAGAACAGCGCUGGGAGUGGAAGAACUUUCAAGUGACGCUGACGAAGAGAAGGACCAUGCAGGUUCGUAAUGUUCUCAACGAUGCCGUGGACUUACUGGAGUUCCGAGACAGAGUCAUCAAGGCGUCUCUGAACCACGCACACUUAGUUGUCUCCACAUCUCUUCAGUGCUAUGUCUUCUCUACGAAGAACUGGAAUACACCACUUAUAUUUGACCUCAAAGAAGGAACUGUCAGUUUAAUUCUCCAGGCUGAAAGACAUUUUCUCCUGGUGGACGGUGGUGGUAUCUAUUUGCACUCCUACGAAGGGCGCUUCAUUUCUUCUCCAAAGUUCCCCGGGAUGAGAACAGACAUUCUGAACGCACAGACUGUGUCCCUGAGUAAUGACACCGUGGCAAUAAAAGACAAAGCUGACGAGAAGAUAAUCUUCCUCUUUGAAGCAUCAACUGGAAAACCCUUAGGGGAUGGGAAACUUCUUUCUCAUAAGAAUGAAAUCUCAGAAAUUGCUCUGGAUCAAAAAGGACUUACCAAUGACAGAAAAAUUGCUUUCAUUGAUAAAAAUAGAGACCUCUACAUUACCUCAGUGAAACGAUUUGGGAAAGAAGAACAGAUUAUUAAACUUGGAACCAUGGUGCAUACGUUGGCAUGGUGUGAUACGUGCAAUAUCCUUUGUGGACUUCAAGAUACUCGAUUCACGGUGUGGUAUUACCCUAAUACCAUUUAUGUGGACAAAGACAUCCUGCCUAAAACAUUGUAUGAAAGAGAUGCGAGCGAAUACAGUAAAAACCCCCAUAUAGUGAGCUUUGUCGGAAAUCAGGUGACUAUACGAAGAGCCGAUGGCUCCCUGGUGCACGUGAGCAUUUCCCCGUACCCUGCCAUCCUCCACGAGUACGUGAGCAGCUCAAAAUGGGAAGACGCUGUGAGGCUCUGCCGCUUUGUUAAGGAGCAAAGCAUGUGGGCUUGCCUAGCGGCCAUGGCAGUUGCUAAUCGAGAUAUGAUUACUGCGGAAAUAGCCUAUGCGGCAAUUGGUGAAAUUGAUAAAGUUCGAUACAUCAAUGCUAUAAAAGAUCUUCCAUCUAAAGAGUCAAAAAUGGCCCACAUACUGAUGUUUAGCGGGAACAUACAGGAGGCUGAGACACUCCUUCUCCAGGCUGGCCUCGUUUAUCAAGCAGUCCAGAUCAACAUUGAUCUCUAUAACUGGGAAAGGGCACUGGAGUUGGCUGUGAAAUACAAAACUCAUGUUGAUACAGUUCUUGCUUAUCGUCAAAAGUUUUUGGAGACAUUUGGUAAACAGGAAACUAAUAAACGAUAUUUGCAGUAUGCAGAAGGUCUCCAAAUAGACUGGGAGAAAAUCAAAGCGAAAAUUGAGAUGGAAAUUACUAAGGAACGCGACCGGUCGUCCAGCAGCCAGUCUGUCAAGAACGUGGGCGUAAAGCACUAAUGUCACGCUGACCUCUGAACUAGUGCAGAGUAACCAAAGAUGUGCAUGUUUUGUUUGCUUUUUAAAAAAAAGGCAUAAUUUUAAGGCUAGUGUUGUCUCUGAAUGGUAGAGUACUUGCCUAGCAUGCAUGAGGCCCUGGGUUUGAUCCCAGCACUGUCCAAAGAAGGCAUUAUCUUUAAAUUGUUGUAUGCACUGUCUGUGUAUUUAGUACUGAAAGUACAUUCAGGAAGAUUAAGUACAAAAUAUUGAUAUAAUCCCAUCAUUUAUAUUUUUCUAGUCUAAUAAUUAACAAAAUAUUCCUAUAUGCUUAUCUAUGUCCAAGUAAUGUUGAUUACAUUCCAGUUUUUUUUUUAUUUCUUUAUUCCUGGUUCUUUAGUAUGAAUAGUUAUUAAUGCUUAUAAUAAAGCCUUGAGUUUUUGUCAAUGUAUGUUAUUGUUAUUUCUAUUUGAUCUAUAAACUGUAAAGUAUCUCCCAUGGUUAUAAAACAGAAAUACCUGAGGAUGGUGUGAGGAGAUGGUGCAGUGCAGACACUUGUACGCCAAAGUCGAAGUUGAAAGAAAAGCGGGAACAACUCGGAUGUCCGUCCGCUGGCAAUUGCGUGAAGCAGUGUGGUGUUCUCAGCAGUGGAGUUAUCCUCUCACGACAAGACUGCACUGUGACACAUGCAGCACAGAUGUGCCUUGGGAAACGUAUUCUCCUGACGUGAACCUACCACAGAAGUCAGUGCUGGGAGACUGGCCUGCACGGGGUGCCUGCAGGAAGCAGGUUCUUCCAGGCAGAAAAGAGAAAGGGGGACUGGGACUGGGGAGGGGCUGGGGCUUGUUGUGUAAUGUGUGCAGAGUUUCUGUUUGGGGUGAGCAAGUUCUAGAAAUGGAUAAUGAAGAUGACUGCAUAACAUUGCGGACAUUAAUGAACCGCACUUCUCCUCUUAAAAGGGUUAAAAUGAUAAAUUUUACUGAUUUAUUUUUUACCAUACUGAAAAAGAAGUGGGCAAAUUCUCUUUUCUUCAUUCCUCUCAGACCUAGAGUUUGAGUUUUCAAAGCCAGCCUCAGUGGGUAAGCCUGUUUGGCUGCCCUUAAUCUAGCACAUCCCAAAUUACUGUCCACCAAAGCGUUUUAGCAGUGGCAUGAGCGUCCCUCUGAGUGUCCCUGAACUUGGAAUUGGUACGUUACAGAGCAUGUGCACACUCCCUGGGAAACACUGCCUCUUCCCCUCCAUUGUAAUUUCUCGUGUAGGUGUCUUUCAUAGAAAUGCUCCUUCCCAAUAUGUUCCUGUUCUUUUAUGAAAUGCUGGACUGUUCAAUUCUUGGUCCAGAACUUAGAUACAAGAGUGUGUGUUCAGUUCAUGUAAUCUUAGGAAUUUAUUCAUAUGUUGUAUAUGUUUUCUACAUUGUUAAGUUUCAGUGUAAUGUUUAAAAAGAAAAAAAUGGUUAAAAGGUUAAAUUUUAUGUUUAGUAUAUUUUACCACAAUAAAACGUGAAAAAUAA